AUGGGAACAAGGAUAGUACCAACAGACAAGAUCAAUCUAAAACUGUUAACGACAAGUGAUAAAACAGCCGAAUUUUUAUUUUUACCUAGUGAUACAGCUGCCGACGUCGCUCGAUAUGUUUAUGAAAAUUGGCCUGAGUCUUGGAGUGAUGAAAAACACGUUGAACGCUAUGAAGUUUUAAGACUAAUUUAUCAAGGACGUUUUUUACAUGGUAAUGUGACAUUGGGUGCAUUACGCCUGCAAGGAAAAACAACUGUCAUGCAUUUAGUGCCGAGAGAAAAUCUUCCCGAUCCUGUUGCACAAGAUCAAAAACGAAAACAUAAAACAACAAGUGAGAGUGUCACUGAUCAAAAUGAUUCAACGACAACUAAUCGUGCAGGAACUCUAGCAGAUGGAACGACCACAUCGACAUGUUGUGAUUCCUGCGCUUGUUGCAUAUGUUGA